AUGAUGUUAACUAGGUACAAUCGUGGCGACCCCAAUUACUACGUCAGCGGAUAUGGUAUCUCACUCUUGCCUCUCGACGAUAACAUAACGGUGAAUAUCCACUUUUGCGAGUUCUCCAGUCACACGUACAAGAGGACUUUCUUCGAGUUGCAUUUAAAAUUGUGCGAUCUUCUGAACAGGGACAAGUUUUUAGGCACUCUUAUGAAACGGGGAAAUAUGAACAAUUGUCCAUUGCCAGCGGGUACGUAUAACGUGGUGAAUAGUACGUUAUCGAUGGAGAAUGUCCCCAAAAUAUUCCCGUUCAAGAAGGGCAGGUUUCUAAUGAAUUCUACCUAUAGAACUGGGGAGGUCCUCUCCAAGGGGUACAUCGAUCUGGAGGUCAAAGAGAAACUGGUC